AUGAGAAAACUGGCGAGCCUUGGCACAAUCAUGCAGAUGCUGUUUCUUGCUUCUUGUGUGGUGGGACCAAAGGCCAAGGAUAAGGAGUUGGCGGCCCUUCGGAAGCAGGUGCAGCAGCUGUCUCGGACCAGGCCGACUGAGAACGUGCAGCAGUCGCCUCCGCAGUCUGAUGCCGCCACCACUAAGGACGACGCCCAGAGUAAGCAGCACGAGCUGGAGGCGCUGGAGCAGGUGGUGGCCUCCCUCGAGCUGGCUGCCAAAGUCAAAGGCGUUGCCCCGCAGACUGUUGUCGGCUAUGAGGAAGCUCAAACAUCGUUACGAAAGUUGCGGCAGGAGAUCCACGAUGCUAAGCCGUUGGGUGCGCAGGUGCAUGGCAUUGGCAAUAAGAUUCAGAAGGCUGAUCAGCAGAUUGCGAAGCUCAAGGCCACCAUCGAGUCGGAAGAGCAGGCCAUCGCUGAAAAACAAGCCUUGUUGGUGGAUUUCAAGCAGCAGUUGGAGACCAAAGAAAAGGCUCGGGUGCAGAUGCAGAGGGAGCAGAUGGAGUUGCUGCGUACUCGUACAUCUGAGCAGGUCACUCAUGCUCCUGAAGGCAGCGACCAAGCGGUCUUUGACACCUUCACGGCCAGUCUGGAGCAACUGCAGAGCCCGGUUCAGUCCCUCGGUGGCGGUGCGCAGUUGGCCGCCAGUUGCGCCCAGUUCGUGGAGCCCUGGCUUGAGCAAGUUCGGAAGCAGCGAACUGAACAGCAAGAGCAGCUUCGCGCGCAACAGCAGCAGCCACAACAGCAGCAGCGACCUCCCGAGACGUCACAGCAGCAAGCUGAGCAGCCUGUUCGGCCCGAGUGCUUUGACAUGCCUGUACCUGAAGAUAUGGACCUGGAAGAUCUUCGGACAUUUGUUGCUGACGCUGGGAUGGAAGCCAGCGCUGAUGAGGCGGAGCUGCGUGCCCAAGCCAAGCGCCAGCUGGACUCGUGCCAGAAGCUGCUGGCCAAGAAGCCCUAG